AACCACAAACUUUACAUAUUUGCCGUAUCAUCAUUUUAAAGAAAGUUGCUUUAAUCCGUUUAUCCGUUUAUAUUAAUUUUUAUAUCAAAAAUGGAAAUUGAUAAGUCUCAAUAUGUUUUGCCAAACGACCAGCCGGUUGUAGUUUUGGAAGUACAAUCAGCAUUUAAUGGAUUAUUAGAAAAAGAAAAACUGUAUUCGCACUAUAUCAGCAAGGCAUCAUGGACUGGAGGGUUGGUCACAUUAUUGCAAACAAGCCCCGAGUCUGGUUACUUAUUUGUUUUAUUGCAUAAGCUAUUUAAUGCUCAAAAUCCUGCUGAUUUUAAGAAGUUGGCGUUACUUCAAGGGUUUACUGAGGAUGAAGUUACUGCCUUUUUUGUUUACGCUGCUGGUGUAUUCUCAAAUGCAGGAAACUAUAAGGGAUUUGGUGAUAGUAAAUUUAUUCCAAAUAUUGAAGCAGAUCGUCUUGAGGCUCUAUUGAAAGUCAGUGGCAAAUGGUCAGAAUUGGAACCCAUUUGGUUAAAGUUAAAAGAUGUUUUGUACGAUUUAAGUGAUGGAAAAAAUUGUUUGGGUUACAGACCCAAAGGUAUUACAACAUAUCUCUCCCGAAAUUGCACACCUGAGGAUAAUGAAAAAGUGCAAAAUUGGUUGAAAUCACACAAGUUAGAAGCCUAUAAUUCAAGAUUAUUUAAAUAUGAGGCAGAUAAUAAGAUUACUUAUGAAAUUCGUUUAGCUGGAGAACAGAUUUCUGAGUUAAAAAAAGAGACUGUAGAUAACAUUACCUAUUUACUAACUACUGGGGAUUAUUUUCCCAUUAUGGGAAAAGUGGCAACUUUGCUAGAACAAGCUAAAGAACAUGCUGCUAACGAAACUGAAAAGGAAAUGCUGUCUUGCUAUGUGAAAUCAUUCAGAACAGGCUCUCUGGAUGAACACAAAAACGGUUCCAGAUUUUGGAUCAAGGAUAAAGGGCCAGCCAUUGAGACAUACAUUGGUUUUAUAGAAACAUACAGGGAUCCUGCUGGUAUUAGAGGCGAAUUUGAAGGAUUUGUGGCAGCCGUUAAUAGAGAAAUGUCCGCUAAAUUUACUACAUUGGUGUCAAAUGCUGAACAUUUCCUCACCCUCUUACCUUGGGGUAAAGGUUUUGAAAAGGAUAAGUUUUUGAAACCAGAUUUUACAUCCCUGGAUGUUGUUACAUUUGCUGGAAGUGGCAUACCUGCUGGUAUCAACAUACCCAACUAUGAUGACAUACGACAAACAGAGGGUUUUAAAAACGUAUCUUUAGGAAAUGUUAUACCUGCAAGUUAUCAGAUGUCUAAAACUCCUUUUUUGACUCAAGAAGACGCUGAUAUUUUGCAAAAAUGGAGAGUUACCGCUUUUGAAUUACAAGUGGGUCUCCACGAACUUUUGGGCCACGGUUCCGGCAAACUACUCACCAAAAACGCCGAGGGUGAAUUUAACUUCACGCCCGACCUGGUGGACCCAGUAACCGGUGAUGCGCCAGCCUCGUGGUACGAACCCGGCGACACCUACGACACCCGCUUCGGCCCGCUCAGCUCCACCUACGAAGAAUGCCGGGCUGAAGCCGUCGGUCUUUACCUCAGUCUUAACGAAGAGGUCCUCAAGAUUUUCGGACACGAGGGACAGAACGCCGAUGACGUGGUCUACGCCAACUGGUUGUCGUUGGUGUACGCUGGCGCCGGCAGGGGGCUCGAGUUGUACGAACCUGGUAGAGGUUGGCUACAAGCACAUGCCCAGGCCCGCUUUGUUUUGGCUAGAGUCCUCAUUAAAGCUGGCGUUGCCAAAGUGACUCAACCUGAAAAGGACGAUUUAUUAGUGACGUUGGACCGUUCAUUGCUGAAAACCGAGGGCAAAAAAGCUAUCGGCAACUUCUUAACAAAACUGCAAAUUUACAAAGCCACUGGAAAUGUUGAAGCAGCUAAAGCACUUUAUAACGAAUUUGACGAAGUUUCGGAGCCAUGGACAAGUUGGAGGUCGAUAGUUUUGGCGAACAAACAGCCCAGAAAGAUUUUUGUACAGUGUAACACAGUAUUAGAAAAUGAUAGUGUUAAAUUGGUUACUUAUGAGCCCAGUUUGGAGGGAUUCCUGCAAUCUUGGGUAGACAGGUUCUCUAAUUCUCAGGAACUGCACAGUGACUUGUUGGAGCUCUGUAAACACAACAAUCAUCAUUUUCAAUAAUUGUUUAGUAUUAUUAUAAUAGCUAUAAUAGCUGCUGUACCUUCUGAAUUUAAUGAAUUGCAUUUUAAUAAAUUUUGUUUUUAUAAUAAAACAUUUAUGCCUAGUUUUUAUAAAGUAUUAAAUUUUAAUAAUUAAAUUGUAUUGUCUAA